GCCAGAACUGCUUUUAGGGUGUUAUCAGAUCUUAGACAUGGAAGACGACUUGGAGCUUUCACAGCCCGAUGGAAGAGGAAGGCCUCCUGGCAGAGGCAGAGGUCUUCUGCCAAAGGCUCAAUCGAAGCCGUACGCAUUGGGGCCUUGAGAGGGAUUCCCUUGCCGCUCGUGUGGCCUCCACUGAAGACCGGGUGCGGUCGCUCCAGCAACGCAAUGAGCAGCUCACUUUGACCGUGAAACUGCUGGAAGAGGCGCUGGUGUCCUGCCGUAGUCGGUCAGCGGAGUGCCUGGGGGAGCUCUUCAAAGGUCUUGGUCCGGUGGAGAUCACGGGCGCUCCAACGGAUCGCCUGGGAGCAGUCGGUGCUGAUGCCGAGUGGAGGGCUUUAGCCCUCCGCAUCCCUCGAAGGCGCAAGAGCUGGGCUGAAGCCAAAGCAGCCGUGGCAUUGUCCAAGGCAGGGCUUCCGGAGGAACAGAUUGAGGAGACGGCUUCGUGUCGUCCAAGCAAAGACCUCGAAGACGAAGUCGAAGGCUCUCAGAUCGAGCAGGGAACGACUCGCAGUGGUGUGGGUGGCAAGCAUCCUUGGGAGGUGGUCGCAACACUGCAUUCUCCUCUUGAUGAUGGUGUACGCAGUGCACGAAUCUUCCAAGGUGUUUUGUUGACAGCUGCAGAGGAUUCAUCAGUCAAGGCAUGGGAUCUAGGCAGCAUACCUCAAACCAGGGAGACUCCUUGCGAAGACUUGGAGCCCUUUGCCAAGUAUCGUGCUCACAGUGGCCCAGUUCUUUCGCUGGCUUUGCCUGACCCAGAGUCAUGCCUUCCCCUGCCGGUGGCUUUCUCCGGAGGGAUGGACGGUGACAUUUAUUCCUUUGAGCUGCAAAUAGACGCGUCCGCAGACGCGUCCUCGGCGCUUCGUCCUGUCCAGCGCUAUCGAGGCCACCAGGAAGCCGUUCUCUCCUUGGACCUGCAGUCACGGAUCGGCCUGCUGGCCAGCGCGGGUGCGGACCAACUGGUCCUCUUGUGGCGAGUGAACCCCACACUCGACGACGGCAGACUCGCGAGUCCAUUUGAGGUGUUGGACAUUCCUCCGCCACAUGGAAGCGAAGAGAGCAGCUUUGGUCCCCUGACCGAUUUAGCCUGGGGCCCCCGAAGUGGAGCUACUUUGCUGUGCUGCAGCAGAUGGGCAAGUACCUGUUGCGCCAUGGAUGCCGAGCAAGGCGUCGCAAUCUAUGGUUCCAGUGUCACAACUCGAGAGGACCGCACGGCACCAGUACUUGCUGUGGCCAGUCACGCUCUGCGGGAUAUUGCUGUCAGUGGUCAUGCAGGUGGUGGUGGUGCUCGAGUCUUCAGCGCUCUCACAGGGAGGCCCAUGUGGACCUUGGAGUCUGGGGACAAAGUGAUUUCCUCAGUGGCCUUGGACCCCUUUGGCAACGGUUUCGAAGUCGUCACUGCCAGCAGUGAUGGUUCCUUGCAGAUCUUUGAUUUGAGAACUUGUCGCUGUGUCCAGGAGGCUCAGCUACAUGCUUCAUCCGGCAUCAAUAGCGUUUGUCUUGCAGGAGACUUCAUCGCUACAGCAGGGGCAGACGCGGUGGUGAAUUUGCUUGAAAAAAGACAGGAGGUUAGCUAGCCCUCAGGAAAACCAGAGAAAACACAUGAAGAGGAUAAUGAUGUGUCCAUGCAGCUCUCCAGCAAGGACGGGCGCGCAGCACCGUCCUUCUCUUUCGCAAAUCACACUGGAGGAGAGGUCGCCGUACUUGGUCAGAC